AUGCAGGCGGAGCGGGGCGGCAGCAGGCCCCGCAGGGAAGGGGCCCGACACGGCCGGCGGCGCCCCUGCGGCACGCCCGACGCGGCGAAGGAAGGAGGCGGCGGGGACGCCCACGGGCGCGGAGGAGGCGGGGGCCGGGGAAGAGGCGGCGCUUACGGGCACCGAGGAGGCGGGGGACGGGGCAGGCGAGAGCCCCGAGGUCGCGGGGCAGCGCCAUCGCCCAGCGCCCAGCAGCACCGGCGGGUAGAGGAGGAUGAUGAUACUGAAUCACUCCAUGAAGAAGGGAAGGAAGAAGUGAAAUGCUAUUCAAGAAGAAAGGUAUUUUCUAACUGGAGCCGCUAUGAGGAUACAGAAAAAGAGGGACAGAAUGAAGUUGGGGAGUCACAGAGAGGAACAGACUUCAGUGUUUUGCUUAGCUCAGCAGGAGAUUCCUUUACACAGUUUCGAUUUGCUGAUGAGAAAGAAUGGGAUAAAGAAAGUAUAUGCCAUAAGCAGUUCUCUGCACUUUCUGUUGACUGCCAGUCUUUGGUCCAGGCCCUUCAGGAAUUGCCUCUACAUCUAAGGCUGAAUAUAGCUGCUGACCUUGUGCAGGCAUCAACACCUCUAGAGAUCCCACAGAUGAAAUCUAAAAUUUUUGAAGAUGGGAAGAAGAGAGAGCAGCUGUUCCGACAGUCUCUGGCUCAGAGUGAAAGCGGGUUGGUCUCCCAUCCUGUUGGUAAUUCUGUUGCUCCAUCAGAACCUGGGAGUAAAAAUGGCUCUUGGGCAAAUGCAAGAGAAUCAUUUCAAAGAGUUCAUCCACUAUCAAAUCAAGACACUGACCAUUUGGAUGAAGAACUAGAUCUUCUCCUGAAUCUGGAGGCUCCCAUUAAUACAGAAAAUAGACCUGUGUCAGGUACAUUAUCCUGCACCAUCUCAACUGAGAAAGAUUUGAAAAUGGAUUGUAAGGAAAAUGAGCCUUUAAAAGUAGAUAUGCCUGAAGAGAAGAGCACAUCAUCACAGCAGCAGCAAAGUACAUCCAAAGAUGUUACUGAAGAAGAGCUUGAAGAUUGGCUGGACAGCAUGAUCGCCUGAAGCUCAAAUUUCCUCAUAUGAAUAAUUGAAUAUAGCAAACAUAAUGUAGAAACUUGAAUCUUUCUUUAUCUCCUUGUUAUUUCCUUUUUCUGUCUGCCAAAUGCCUGUUUUUCUUUGCUGGCACUUAAAAUAUUGUGCAACCAAAAUGAAUUUAGAUAAGAUUGAAAAUUGUUGAAGACAAAUGAUAUUAUUAGAAAGGUCUAAAAUUUGUGAUAGAGUUUUCUUUGCUAAAAAAGCAGACUACAGUGCAGAAAUAGAACAGUUAUUUCAGCUUGUACUUGUUCUAUGUAGUCCUUAAAAUAAAGCUGUGGAUGAACAAUGAA